AUGGCGUCGUGUCUCCGCGCGCCCAUUGUCCGCCCAAUGCUCCUCCGCUCCCCCUCUCUCUCCGCCUCCACUUCCGCUGUCGCUGGAGGCUUCCUCCAAUCGUUAAGUGCCACGUCACCAUCGAUUCUACUCCCCCCAGCGUGGCGGAGCCGGUUCGCUUCCGCCGGGUCGUCCGCCAAUCCCGCCUCCCCCUCCUCCCCCGCGAUCCGCUGCGAAUCCGCCGAUCCCACGGUGGAAACGCGGACCGCGGAAGGACUCGCGGGAAGCGCAGCGGAACCGGAAGCUUCCGCCAAGAAGGGCAAGGCGGGGAAGAAAGAGGGAGGAGGCGGGGGAGGCCAGGGGAAAGCCGGCGGGAAAGGCGGCGCGGGAUCCGCGGAAGCGUCGAAAAUCGCGUCGCGGUCGGAGAAUUUCAGUCGGUGGUAUCUGGACGUGAUUCGCGAGGCUGAGCUGGCGGAUUAUGGGCCGGUGCGCGGCACGAUGGUGAUUCGCCCGUACGGCUACGCGAUCUGGGAGGCGAUUCAGGUGGGGCAGGCUUGGGUGGAAUUUGGAACGUGCGUUAGAGUAGGGUUUAGAGCAUCCACCUGGCUGGCGGACUGUGGGCCGGUGCGCGGCACGAUGGUGAUCCGCCCGUAUUGCUACGCGAUCUGGGAGGCGAUUCAGGUGGGGCAGGCUUGGGCGGCAGUCUUAGGUGGGGCGGGCUUAGGUGCGGCAGGCUUGGGUGGGGCAGGCAUGGGUGGGGAAGGCUUGGAUGGGGCAGGCUUAGACGUCUCAAAACAACUCUGUUUACACCCCAACCCUCCUCACUCCCAGAAUCAUGUCCCUCCAACUCCUUCUUCUCUCCCCUUAAUCCGUCCCGCAAACCCCUCUUGUCCUCCUCCUGUCCCCGAAAACCCCCGGCUAACCCCGAAACCCUGCCAGUCAUGGCUGGACCGCAAGUUCAAGGAGACGGGGCACGAGAACAUGUACUUCCCACAGUUCAUCCCGUAUUCUUUUAUCGAAAAAGAGGCAUCACACGUGGAGGGCUUUUCUCCUGAGCUGGCACUCGUGACUAUAGGCGGAGGCAAGGAGCUUGAAGAGAGACUGGUGGUCCGUCCCACCAGCGAGACCAUUGUGAACCACAUGUUCGCCCAGUGGAUCCAAAGCUACAGGGACCUGCCUCUGCUGAUCAACCAGUGGGCGAACGUGACGCGGUGGGAGAUGAGCACGCGGCCGUUUGUGCGCACUCUGGAGUUCCUGUGGCAGGAGGGGCACACGGCGCACACCAGCAGGGAGGAGGCCGAGGAGGAGGCUCUGCGCAUGGUGGAGGUAUACAGGCAGUUUGCAUGGGAGCAGGCGGCAGUGCCGGUGAUAGUGGGCCGCAAGUCGCCCAACGAGACCUUUGCCGGCGCCGACACAACCUACACGAUUGAGGCGAUGGCGGGGGACAGGCGGGCGUUGCAGGCCGGCACGAGCCACUUUCUGGGACAGAACUUUGCCAAGGCGUUUGGGACCAAGUACCUGGCAGAGACAGGCGAGCAGCAGUAUGUGUGGCAGACGAGUUGGGGAGUUAGCACGCGCAUGGUGGGGGCGGUGAUCAUGGGGCAUGGCGACGACAUGGGGCUCAAGCUGCCACCUAAUCUGGCGCCUGUUCAGGUGGUGAUAGUGCCGAUAUGGAAGGCGGAGGGCGAGAAAGAGGCGGUGCUGGAGGCAGCAGGGCGGGCGGAGGGGAUGCUGCGGGCAGCGGGGGUGAGAGUGAAGCUGGAUAAGACGGAGCAGCGCACGCCCGGGUUCAAGUUCAAUUUCUGGGAAAUGAAGGGCGUUCCUGUGCGCAUCGAGAUCGGCCCGCGGGACGUGGCGGCCAAUACAGUCGUGACAGCGAGGCGCGACCGCCCGGGGAAGCAGGGGAAACAGUUUGGGGUGUCGAUGGACGGCGACGGGCGGGAGCUGGUGUCUCAUGUGCAGGCGCUGCUGCAGGAGGUGCAGGAUGGCAUGCUGGCAGAUGCAGUGGCGUUCAGAGACAGCCAUAUUGUGGAGGUGGCGAGUUAUGAUGAGCUGAAGGCUGCUAUUGCCAACAGCAAAUGGGCACGGGGACCCUGGGCCGGCAGUAACGAGGACGAGCAGCGGGUGAAGGAGGAGACAGGAGCCACCCUGCGCUGCUUCCCAUUCGAGCCAAAGCUGUCCGAUGCCACGUGCUUCUUUACAGGGAAACCUGCCACAGAGCGGGCUAUUUUCUCUCGUGCCUACUGA